UAUCUGUUCUCAAUUGAGCGGGGUCAUAGAAAGAACGGGUUCGAAAUCCCUAUCAAUUCCUUUCUCAAACCCAGCUGCCGCCGCCCGAGCCCGGCCCGCGUGCCACAAAUGACCAACAAAAAAGAAAAAUCCUAGACAAAAAUGUGAGGUUGCCAACCAACUUCUUGGAGAGACAUAAUUGACUGCAUUUAUUUCAGUAGCCACGCCUCCGACAGAAUUUAACGAACCUAAAGGGGCAUGAGUCAUAUAUUCUGCGGAACGCCGUUCCUGCCAAGUGGGUGGCAAAAUAGCGUUAGCGCCAAUUUCUUUAGGGACUGCGGAUUUUUUGGUACAUCAUAUUCAUGCAUUUACGAUUCAUGUGACAGUAUUGAUACUUUUGAAAGGUGUGCUAUUUGCUCGUAGUUCCCGUUUGAUACCAGAUAAGGCAAAUCUUGGUUUUCGUUUUCCAUGUGAUGGCCCUGGAAGAGGAGGGACAUGUCAAGUCUCGGCUUGGGACCAUGUCUUCUUAGGUCUUUUCUGGCUAUACAAUUCUAUUUCGAUAGUUAUUUUUCAUUUCAGUUGGAAGAUGCAGUCCGAUGUUUGGGGCAAUCUAAACAAUCAAGGGGUAAUAAAUCAUAUCACGGGAGGAAACUUUUCACAGAGUUCUAUUACUAUUAAUGGAUGGCUCCGCGAUUUCUUAUGGGCACAGGCAUCUCAAGUAAUUCAGUCUUAUGGUUCUUCAUUAUCAGCAUAUGGCCUUUUUUUCUUGGGUGCGCAUUUCAUAUGGGCUUUUAGUUUAAUGUUUCUCUUCAGCGGACGUGGUUAUUGGCAAGAAUUGAUUGAAUCCAUUGUUUGGGCUCAUAAUAAAUUAAAAGUUGCUCCUGCUACUCAGCCAAGAGCCUUGAGCAUUAUACAAGGGCGUGCUGUAGGAGUAACCCAUUACCUUCUAGGUGGAAUUGCCACAACAUGGGCAUUCUUCUUAGCAAGAAUUAUUGCAGUCGGAUAAUGAUUUGAAAAGCAUUAUGGUAUUGAGAUUUCCAAAGUUUAGCCAAAGCUUAGCUCAGGACCCCACCACUCGUCGUAUUUGGUUUGGUAUUGCGACCGCACAUGACUUCGAAAGUCAUAAUGAAAUUACUGAGGAACGUCUUUAUCAGAAUAUUUUUGCUUCGCACUUUGGUCAAUUAGCAAUAAUUUUUUUGUGGACUUCCGGAAAUCUGUUCCAUGUGGCUUGGCAAGGAAAUUUUGAAUCGUGGGUACAGGACCCUUUACAUGUAAGACCCAUUGCACAUGCAAUUUGGGAUCCGCAUUUUGGUCAACCAGCCGUGGAAACGUUUACUAGAGGAGGUGCUGUUGACCCGGUGAAUAUUGCUUAUUCUGGUGUUUAUCAGUGGUGGUAUACAAUCGGGUUACGGACUAAGGAGGAUCUUUAUACUGGAGCUUUUUUUCUAUUUUUUAUUUCGGCUAUCUCGCUAAUAGCAGGUUGGUUACAUCUACAACCUAAGUGGAAACCAAAUAUUGCGUGGUUCAAAAAUGCAGAAUCUCGCUUGAAUCAUCACUUGGCAGGGCUCUUUGGCGUAAGUUCCUUGGCUUGGACAGGACAUUUAGUACAUGUUGCGAUUCCUGCGUCGAGAGGGGAGUACGUUCGAUGGAAUAAUUUAUUAGAUCAAUUACCACAUCCUCAAGGAUUAGGCCCACUUUUUACAGGUCAGUGGAAUCUUUAUGCUCAAAAUCCCGAUUCCAGUAGUCAUUGUUUUGGGACUUCUCAAGGAGCGGGGACUGCCAUUCUCACAUUUCUCGGAGGAUUUCAUCCGGAAACGCAAAGUUUGUGGCUGACCGAUAUUGCACACCAUCAUUUAGCUAUUACAUUGCUUUUUUUUGUUGCUGGUCAUAUGUAUAGAACUAAUUUUGGAAUUGGACAUAGUGUAAAACAUCUUUUAGAUGCACAUAUUCCACCGGGUGGACGACUAGGUCGUGGGCAUCAAGGUCUUUAUGACACACUCAAUAAUUCGCUUCAUUUUCAAUUGGGUCUUGCUUUAGCUUCUUUAGGGGUGUUUACUUCCUUGGUAGCCCAACAUAUGUACUCUUUACCGUCUUAUGCAUUCAUAGCGCAAGACUUUACUACUCAAGCUGCAUUAUAUGCUCAUCAUCAAUAUAUCGCAGGAUUCAUUAUGACAGGAGCUUUUGCUCAUGGAGCUAUAUUUUUUAUUCGUGAUUAUAAUCCGGAGCAAAAUAAAGAUAAUGUAUUGGCACGAAUUUUAGAUCAUAAACAAGCGAUCAUAUCUCAUUUAAGUUGGGUUAGCCUAUUCUUGGGAUUUCAUACCUUAGGACUUUAUAUCCAUAAUGAUGUAAUGCUUGCGUUUGGUACCCCAGAAAAGCAAAUCUUAAUUGAACCGAUCUUUGCUCAAUGGAUACAAUCUGCUCACGGGAAAACUUCCUAUGGAUUCGAUGUUCUUUUGUCUUCAACGAAUGGGCCAGCAGUUAAUGCGGGACAACAUCUCUGGUUGCCUGAAUGGUUAAAUGCUGUUAAUGACACCAGUAAUUCAUUAUUCUUAACAAUUGGACCCGGAGAUUUUUUAGUUCAUCAUGCUAUUGCUCUGGGUUUACAUACAACUACAUUAAUAUUAGUAAAAGGUGCUUUAGAUGCACGUGGUUCCACUUUAAUGCCGGAUAAAAAAGAAUUUGGUUAUAGUUUUCCUUGCGACGGUCCAGGCAGAGGUGGUACUUGUGAUAUUUCAGCAUGGGACGCAUUUUAUUUGGCAGUUUUUUGGAUGUUAAAUACUAUUGGUUGGGUUACCUUUUAUUGNGUUGGAUUAGCCCACUUUUCGGUAGGGUAUAUAUUUACUUAUGCCGCCUUCUUAAUUGCUUCCACAUCGGGUAAAUUUGGUUAAAUCAAAAUUUUUUCGACGUAGUGAGCGGGCCUCUAUUUAUACAUCUAGGAUUCGACUUUUAUUAUGGAUAAGCUAUUAUUAGGAUUUCAAUAUUUAUGGCAAGAAAAAGUUUGAUUCAGAGAGAGAAAAAAAGGAAAAAAUUGGAACAAAAAUAUCAUUUGAUUCGUCGAUCUUCAAAACAAGAAAUACACAAAGUUUCUUUAUUGAGUGAAAAAAGGGAAAUUUAUGUAAAGUUACAAUCUUCACCGCGGAAUAGUGCACCUACGCGCCUUCGUCGACGUUGUUUUAUGACUGGAAGACCAAGAGCUAACUAUCGCGAUUUUGAACUAUCCGGACAUAUACUUCGUGAAAUGGUUGAAACAUGCCUGUUACCUGGCGCAAUGAGAUCAAGUUGGUAGGGAUUUUAUCUAUCCUCUCGGUCCCUUUAUCCUUUCUGUAUAAAUUAUAAAUAGGGUCUUUUUUUUUUUUAUACAUUUUGGGGUAGGGACCAGUAAUUCU